GGCCAAAGAGCAACACGCGAUCAACACUCAAAUCAGCCUUCACGCGUAAAGCAUCAGUACAACACUUUAUAUUUUGAUAUGCAUAGCAACAACAACAACUCCGAAUAACGACCAUCAACAUCGACCAAGAUGUCGUCUUCGCAAAGUGAUGGCGGCAAUGCGAUCGCUUCAGAGGAAGGUCGUUUCUCUUUGGCAGACGAGCUUGUGGCGCAUAGAGAUGAAAAUUAUACAAUCACAAACGAAUUAGAAGCAAGCUCGCUAGGAGAUCAUUUAGACACACUCGUUGAUACUUUGAGCUUAUCGCCAUCUUCUAUCGAUACAGAAGAGAUCUUUGAUCAUAUCAAAUCAUUUCUACAGCAUUUUGCAAUCCUCAAAGGUCCGCAAAGAAGCAAAUUGCUCGAUUCGCUUUCUUCAGCAUAUGUGGUACAAUUGGAUGCAGCAACACGAGAUCUCGAAAGUGAGGGAAUAGAGAGAUACAAAGAACAUUCAGAGACAUUAGAAAAGUAUGCAUUUGCCAUGCAAUGGUUCAUUCAUGCUGCAGAAAAGGCAUUUAACAGUCGUGAAGAACGAGCAGCAGCUUCAGCUGGAGGUGCAAAUACAGAAGCAAGAGGUAAAGGUGCAAACAAGAACAAAAACACUUCCUCAUCUUGGGACUGGCAACGAUCCGUACCUGCUGUCCUUGCUACAUUGACAAAAUCUUUACGUCUUUCAACUUCAAUCUUGUUCCCGCUUUCGGCGUCUCGUGAUGCUUUCGUUUCAGGUUGCGUUCUGCGUCCAGCCCUUCUUUUGCAAGAGAAUGAAGCUCAUCUCAAAAUACCCCUGAUCAAGAUGAGCAUCUUCAAGGUGAUCUGUAACAGUGUCAAAAAUCAUGGUCAAGCGUUUGCAGUUCAAACGAGUAUCAUGCAAGCUUUGGCCUACUAUGAACACUUGCCUGAGCCUAUGGCUGAACUUCUCACAUAUCUCCGUACAGAAUUUGAUUAUGAACGGUUGGGAGAUGAAGUAUUGCGCGAAGUGGCAUCACGCGAAUUUGGCGGUUUGGAUACCAAAGGACCAAGAUGUUUUGCACGCUUUCUCGUUCGAAUGGCAGAACUCAGUCCCAGAAGCGUCUUGCGUGUGAUGGUCGUCCUCAAGAAGCAUCUAGACAGUGAUUCGUAUCCGAUGCGAAAUGCAAUGCUAGAAGUGCUCGGGAUACUGAUCAAAGAUCUAACAAUGACCGAUGAUGCUAUACCCCAACCCUCGGAAGGAGACGGCGCAGAUGAUAGUGGAGCAAAUGGCAACAACUUGAGCUCCCAAGAUGACGAAGAUGAUGAGAAUAGACGCGAAAAAGGAGACGCAAGAAAGAAGCAGAUCGAACAAUUCUGGGGAUUAAUCUGUGAGCGAUUCUUGGACGUGAAUAGUUAUGUCAGAUGCAAAUGUAUCGCGGUUUGUGCAAAGCUGUGUGAAUUGGACGCCAAAUUCCCAUCUCAACGUACAAUCUUGACAACGCAAAGCAUCCAAUCACUCUCGGAUAAAUCAUCGACUGUGCGCAAGAAUGCCAUCAAUUUGCUUACAAGGUUAAUUCUCACUCACCCUUUCGGUAUGCAUGGUGGUGAUUUAGACAAGGAGGAAUGGGAAAAACGAUUGGCUACCAUUGACAAUCAGCUCAAAGAAUAUGAUGGUGUGUUGGAUGUGCCCAAUGAACCAGAGGAUCGUACCAUACAAGACGAAGAAAUGGAAUCUGUUGAAGGUGAAGAUAAGUCAGACAGUAUGGACACAGAAGAGGAUGGUGAUGCAAGCCAAGAAACUGCUACUGCUGGUGACCAGGACGGAGAUCAGACGACCACAGCAGGGAAAGGUGAAGCAAGUUCAGAAUCUCGCAAGAAACCUCGUGCCAGCAUCGACUUGGAAACUUUGGCUUCGCAGCUUUCACCUGCAGAUGCCGAGAAGGUCAUUCGUCUGAGAUUGACAAGGCGUUAUCAUACGGAUGCCUUGGCUUUUAUCGAUCAAUUGUCAUUGGCAGUGCCCACUCUUUCGCAAUUACUAGUCUCAACGAGCAAAGCAGAGGUUUUGGAGAGCAUGGAAUUCUUCCGUGUGGCGCAUGAGUAUCAGGUGCCUGGAGCACGUAUUGGUGUACGCAAGAUGAUCCAUUUGAUCUGGACGAAAGAUAACAAUACCCUCGUCAUGGAAGAUGGCAAAGAACUGAAAGGAAUCAAAAGCCGAUUGAUUGAAGUGUAUAGAUCUUUAUACUUUGAUCCAUUGCCCAGCAAGAGUAACACGGACAAUAUCAAUAGAAUCGCACGCAACCUCGUCGAGCGAACAUUUGACGUCACUCUUGCGGAAUUGACAAGCUUGGAGGAAUUACUCUCCACAAUGUGCGGAGAAGGAAUGAUUGACGAAAGAGUGAUCGACAAGCUCUGGUCUGUUUAUUCAUCUCCUAAGGCCAUCCCUCGUGCUCAACGUCGUGGAGCAAUCAUCAUCCUUUCUAUGUUGGCCGUUGCACGAAAAGAGAUUGUAGCAGAUCAUAUCGAUACCUUGUUGGGAACUGGAUUGGGUGGUCUGGGUGCAAAGGAUGUCGUUUUGGCCAAGUAUACUUGUGUCGCUUUAUCACGUGUGGGAGGAAGUGUAAAGAAGGUGAAAGGAGCUUUGAGUGACAACCAGUUACGCUUCCCGAUGAAUCAUCCAAUGUUCGCUCGCCUUCGUGCUGCAAUCCAAUGGCCUUCAACAAGUGGUCAAUGGUUCAGCUUGGCAGAGCAUGCUAUUCAAACAAUCUACCUGUUGGGUGAACAGCCAGAUGCGCUUUGCUCAGAAAUGAUCAAACAAAUGACUGUCAGGGUGUUUGGAUCGUCAGGGCCGAAGAUGAGCAUGGCAGAUAGCGCUUCCGUUCCACCUACGCCGAACUCUCAUCUCGGCGAAAGUACGCCAGCUCCAAGUACUUCUGCCAAUCGCACGUCCGCCUUUGGGUUGGCUCAAUUGUUGUUCGUUGUCGGUCACGUUGCUCUUAAGCAGAUCGUCUAUCUCGAAUUGGUUGAACGUGAAUUCAAGAGGAGAAAAGCAGAAGCGGACAAGGAGAAAGUAUUAGCCAACAAAGAUGCAAACAAGCCAGAUGAGAACUCCGCAGAACAGCAAGAAACAACAAAAGGCGCAAAGAAAGGAAAAGGAAGCCAACGUGGAAAGAAGAAAGCGGAAGCUCCUGCUGAAGAGGAUGCAGAUGAAUUAGAUCAGGUUGCUGGUAAUGCAGAAGAUGAUAUCGGUGAUGUAGUAGGAGAAGUUCGUGAAAAGGAACUUUUGUAUGGACCCCGCAGUUUGUUGUCGCUAUUUGGACCUGUGGUCGUGCAUAUUUGUUCGAAUCCUACAGCGUACAAGAACGACUUCCUUCGCAAAGCUGCUGUGUUGUCGAUGUGCAAGUUCAUGUGUGUCUCCUCACAAUUCUGUGAAGCGCAAUUGCCUCUGGUUCUUUCCGUUUUGUCUACCUCACAAGACCCGGUCGUACGGUCCAACAUCGUGAUUGCAUUGGGAGAUUGCGCGAUCUCUUUUGGUAGUUUGAUCGAUGAAAACAGCGAAAAGCUCUAUGCUGGAUUGGGCGAUUCGGACCUAGGUGUUAAGAAACACACAUUGAUGGUAUUGACCCAUUUGAUUCUCAACGGACAGGUGAAAGCGAAAGGUCAAUUGGGUGAAAUGGCAAAAUGCCUAGAAGACGAAGAUGAACGGAUUGCGGAUUUGGCAAAAUUGUUCUUUACCGAACUGGCAACGAAGGAUAAUGCAGUAUACAAUAAUUUGCCAGAUAUUAUCAGUCAUCUCAGUAUCGGAGAACAUGCAGUUGAUGAAGAAACAUUUGGACGUGUGAUGCGAUUCGUUUUCACAUUCGUUGAUAAGGAAAGACAAGCAGAAAAUGUUGUUGAAAAGCUUUGUCAACGAUUCAGAAUUUCUCCAGAAGAACGUCAAUGGCGUGAUAUUGCAUUCUGUCUUUCUUUGUUACCGUUCAAAUCUGAUCGUUCAAUGAAGCGAUUGAUCGAAGGUCUACCAUUCUAUCAGGACAAGUUGUAUGACCCAACAGUAUUCAAACGUUUCACGGAAAUUCUUACAAAAGCAAGGACCAAUAGAUCCAACAAUCCCGGUGGCGCUACUUCCUCAGCAUAUGAAACAGAGUUGCAAGAAUUCGAACAGAUUCUUGAAUCGGCUCGGGCACAUGGUGCUCAAGAUGCUGAAUUGGAAAGUGCAACUCAAGCCAAAUUAGCCCGUGCUCGAAGACGUCAAGGAGGCAAAGGUGCACUACCGUUAACUUCUGAUUCUACAAACGUUUCACCCGUCAAACCAACCAGUAAAGCAUCUGAACCCGCUGCUGCCAAAUCUAAAGCAAAGAAACCUUCCGCUACUGCUGCAGCUACGAAUGCUCGCUCUACUCGUCGAACGACACGCAGGACACGCCAAGUGAUCGAAGAUGAAGACGAAGACUUUGACGAGUAGAGAGGAUGGUGCGAUCGUGAUUGUAUAAACAUAUGUGGACAAUGUAUAAAUUUUAAUUAGAUUUUCUUCAUACAUAUUUGA